AUGUUCCCCUUGGUUCUGUUAGCUUUGGUCGCUCAAGCUUUUGCUGGGGAGCACAUUGACGCGAGAUGUCCAGUUGUGCGUCCGACCGACAAUUUUGACUACGCAUCUUUCUCAAAUGGAUUAUGGUAUGAAGUAGCCAGGUAUGACAACAGAAAAGAAAAGGGUACCGAGUGCAGUUACACAAAAUACACCCCGAUGGGUGACCGCUUUAAGAUAGAGAGUGUUGGAUUGAGACACAACAAGAAAUAUGAACUUAAUGGAUACGGUAAACUCGCUCCAGAUGCUGGUAACACGGGAAAACUCAUCUAUACACUGCCAUAUGGAAAGAACGGCCAGAAUACCGACAGUAUUUUGAAUGUCAUGUCCACCGAUAACGCAAACUACGCUGUGCUCUAUCACUGCAACUAUAACGAAGAGACCAAGACUAAACAAGAACUCUCCUGGAUCGUGUCGAGAACAAAGACUCUGAGAUCUGACUUCAAAGCUUUAAUUGACAGAUAUUUACUGGAAUCAAAGGUGUUAGACCUCAGCAAGUACAUUUUCCCUAACUUCUCUGAUGAUGUGUGUCGUAUCGACUUCUAA